AUGUGUACCCUAUUGGGACUCGUCAAGCCGAGAGCAGGCGUUGAUCCGACUCCUCCAUGGUUUACUAUGUCAAUCGGAUCCCGUUUGUCUGCAAUACUUGUAGGAAAGGAUGGCCUUGAUAUUACUUUGUCGUCUUAUGAAGAAUUAAAUGGAGAACAGUUUUGGCAAAACACACCUCUGCUUUCUGUUCUCGGGAAGCAACUUGCUUUGCCUCCACGAAGUAUUAAAAAGAUGGCGUACUACAAGAACAUUACCGAUCAGUUUUUUCAACUCUUAAAC